UCUCAGCCUCCUCCAUAAGCUCUCUCUCUCUCUCUCUCUCACACAGACUUUCCCGACAAGACAAACCCAACCUCUCGAGAACUUCUCUCAAAUCACAUCUGUCGUAUAAAACCUUCAUUGUAGUAUAAAACACAGCACCUUUCAAAUCCUUUACCGCUCCAACUGCCAAUUUUCCCUGGAAAAUCUCGGAGGUCUCUGCUCGACGAAACCCUAGAAUUUUUUUGAUCUUGAUCUCGAUUUUCGCUCUCGCAUCGUGUAAGGUCCAGCGCGGAGGGGCUGCGUGAGAUUGGUCUCCGGGAUAUUGAACGUAAAUGGCAGAUCAAGGGCUGGAAGGGAGUCAACCCGUGGAUCUUUCCAAGCAUCCAUCUGGAAUCGUCCCAACUCUUCAGAACAUCGUGUCAACAGUUAACCUGGACUGCAAGUUAGAUCUUAAGGCCAUUGCACUUCAGGCACGAAAUGCAGAAUACAAUCCAAAGCGUUUUGCUGCUGUAAUUAUGAGGAUAAGAGAUCCAAAAACAACAGCUCUAAUAUUUGCUUCUGGAAAGAUGGUUUGUACAGGAGCCAAGAGUGAACAACAGUCAAAAUUGGCAGCGCGGAAGUAUGCUCGAAUUAUUCAAAAGCUUGGUUUCCCAGCCAAGUUCAAGGACUUCAAGAUUCAGAACAUAGUUGGCUCUUGCGAUGUUAAAUUUCCUAUUAGACUUGAGGGCCUUGCAUAUUCACAUGGUGCCUUUUCAAGUUAUGAACCUGAACUGUUCCCUGGGCUGAUAUAUCGAAUGAAACAACCAAAGAUUGUGCUGCUUAUUUUUGUUUCUGGGAAAAUUGUUCUUACCGGAGCUAAGGUGAGAGAUGAGACUUACACUGCUUUCGAGAAUAUAUAUCCAGUUCUUACUGAAUUCAGAAAAGUUCAACAGUGGCGCACCUUGAACUGGUUUCUGGUUUCUCAGUUCAACUGGCCAAGCGGUCCAGUUUUAAAACUACUGGUGUUGCUGACAUCUUUGGACAUGUUCUUGGGAGUUUUUUAGGCUACCUACAUUUGUGGAGAGAUUAUCUGCUCAUUGUUUUAUUAAAUAAUAGAUUCGGAAGCAGGAGCGAUUGACUGAUGACGGCAAAAAUUAUCGAGACAUGCACGGCUUGGAGAUUGCUGAACCACCUGGGUUAACUGUAAAUAGAUGGAUGGAAUUGAGGAUUAAGAACACCAAAUAAAAAACAAACGUUAACAGAAAAAGAACCUGGGAUUUUGGGGCCCUGUGGGCUGUGGCAGUUUCACAUUAAGUUAGGAAUUCUGUUUCUGUUCCUCUGUAUUUCCCCGCUUGUGAACAUGAACUAUGACUAUGAGCAGCUUUCUUCACUGUUGGAUAGAGAACUGAAUUUUACAGUAUUUCUUUUGAUCUCAACUUCCUAUCAUAACGAGCUUUUGAAUGCAUAUUCCUGAUGUGCGACA